AUAACAAUACCACAAAUAAUGUCUUAUUAAAAUGCAACAGCUGUCAAAAAUUUUUAUCUUUAAAUAACUUCAUUAAAGACACUUAUCAACAUAAAACUUGCAAUACUUGUCGUUACAAUUCUUCUUUGCAAUACAAAUGGUCCAAUAAAUCUAAUACUGAAACUGAUUCUUUAACGCCAAAAGAAAUGUCAAGACUGUUGUAUGAAAAAAUUUUAGCUGCAAAUGCAAAUGAAUGUUUAGAAAAUGAUUCAAUGGGUAUUGAUUUUGAAUGUGAGCUUUUAAUUAACACUAUGGAUGGUAAUCCAAAAACAUUAUCAAAAAAAAUUGUUGAACUAAUAG